UCAAAUUCCAGAUAUUGUUCUUAAAAAAGAUGUCGUCAGUGAAAAGGUAUAAAAGAGUCGUCAAUGUUACGGGCACGAAACAUUACGCCAGAUUCUUUCGGUCCUGAUAGUCUUAAUAAAAAGCUGCUGUGUAUAAAAAGUAAAGAAAGAUGUUAGCCAAGAUCUUAUUUAUAUUUGGACUAGUUGUAUCCAGCAAUACCCGUUCAAUUCAUCGUUAUGAAUUAGGUGACCGCUACUAUUAUCUGAAGGCGUUGAAGCAGCAAGAGGCGGCCCGUAGACUUUCUGAUUAUUACCAACCGGUAGACGACUAUAAUUUUGGUUACUCUGUGCAUGACCAAUAUACUGGCGAUAUAAAAAGUCAGAAAGAGGCCCGAAAAGGAGGUGUUGUUCAAGGCAGUUACGAACUUUUGGAUGCAGAUGGAUACAAGCGGAUUGUAGACUACACUGCAGAUGAUAUUAAUGGCUUUAAUGCAUUUGUUAGAAGAGUCCCGUUUGGGUCAACAGGAGGACGAUUCAUUGAACCUUUUGCAACACCAGCACCGUCUUUCGCAACUGCUGCUCCAUUCAGACCCGCACUUAGAACACCGCAAUCAAAUCACCGAUUUGGACCACGGGUUACACAACUGUAUCCAUACGUUACAAACAAUCUAAACAAUUAUGUGUCAGAUUAUUUUAAUGGAUACUCGGAAGGAGACUUCCAUCAAUACUAUUAAGAAUGUGUUCUGUGAUCGUGAGUGAAUAUGCGAUUUAUUAAAGAUAGUUUGAAAAAAGUGUACACUUUUACCUUGAUAUCUAUCCGAAAGCAUCUGUUGCUAAUUGACUGAUGGGUGCACCAUUCUUCAAUAAAAGUGCUGCAUUUUGGUAGCUAAAAUAUGAACACUGGAUUUCAAA